CAGAGGAUUCCUUGCCUCCUGCUCUGUGUCGAAUCGUCAGUGCAGCAAAGCAGACGCCUUCCCUCUUCUGGUGAAAGUGCAUUCUGGAACUGCAGCAUGUAUUUACUUGCCCUGGGGUUUGGCUGUUUUCAGGCUGAAAGCUGGGAGGAAGAAGCGAGUGGAGUGGCGGCAGCAGAGAUGGCGCGGCUGGUGGCAGUUUGCAGAGACGGCGAAGAAGAAUUCCUCUUUGAGAAGCGGCAGAUUCCCCUUUACAUCGAUGACACCCUGACGAUGGUGAUGGAGUUUCCUGAUAAUGUGCUAAAUCUUGAUGGACAUCAGAAUAAUGGAGCACAAUUAAAACAGUUCAUUCAGCGGCACAGCAUGCUGAAGCAGCACAGCCUGCUCAAACAGCAGGACAUGAACCUUGCCAUGAUGGUGACGUCGCGUGAAGUCUUGAGUGCACUUUCUCAGCUUGUCCCAUGUGUUGGCUGUCGCCGUAGCGUGGAGCGCCUCUUCUCCCAGCUGGUGGAGUCGGGGAAUCCAGCCCUCGAGCCCCUCACGGUUGGGCCGAAGGGAGUCCUUUCCGUCACUCGCAGCUGCAUGAUGGACGCAAAGAAGCUUUAUACGCUUUUCUAUGUGCACGGGUCCAAAUUAAACGAAAUGAUAGAUGCAAUUCCGAAAAGCAAGAAGAACAAGAGAUGUCAGUUGCACUCCCUUGACACACACAAACCCAAACCUUUGGGGGGUUGCUGGAUGGAUGUGUGGGAGCUCAUGUCCCAGGAGUGCAGGGACGAAGUAGUUUUAAUUGAUUCUAGCUGUCUUUUAGAAACCUUGGAAACGUAUCUCCGGAAACACAGGUUUUGCACCGACUGCAAAAACAAAGUGCUGCGAGCGUACACCAUUCUGAUAGGCGAGCUGGACUGCAGCAAAGAGAAGGGCUACUGCGCCGCGCUGUACGAAGGGCUGCGCUGCUGUCCCCACGAGCGUCACAUCCACGUGUGCUGCGAGACGGACUUCAUUGCGCACCUCCUUGGCCGAGCUGAACCCGAGUUCGCAGGAGGGUAUGAGCGAAGGGAGAGGCAUGCCAAGACCAUCGACAUCGCCCAAGAAGAGGUCCUCACCUGCCUGGGCAUCCACCUGUACGAAAGGCUGCACCGCAUCUGGCAGAAGCUCCGGGCGGAGGAGCAGACGUGGCAGAUGCUCUUCUACCUUGGCGUCGAUGCGUUACGGAAAAGCUUUGAGAUGGCUGUGGAGGAAGUGCAGGGCAUCAGCCGGCUGGAGCAGCUCUUUGAAGAGUUCUCCGAAGAGGAGAGAGUGCGGGAGCUCAAGCAGGAGAAGAAGCGCCAGAAGCGCAAGAACCGAAGGAAAAACAAGUGUGCCUGUGAGAUCCCAGCUCCUUUGCAAGCCCCGGAGGAGAAGGACAUCAGCCAGGAGAAGGAGAACUUUUUGGAAAGCAGCUGCAAAGCCUGUGGCAGCACCGAAAACAGCAGCAGCUGCGUCGAAGUCCUAGUCCCCAGCGAAAGUACUUCCUGCACCUGCCCGACUGGCGGCACUUUGCUGGGUUUGCCGAAAAUAAAGAAAGGAUUAUCUGCACACUGUAACGGCAGUGACUGCGGCUACUCGUCCAGCAUGGAGGGCAGCGAAACAGGAUCUCGAGAAGGUUCGGAUGUCGCUUGCACAGAGGGCAUUUGCAACCAUGAUGAAAACGGUGAGGACUCCUGCGUCCAUCACUGCGAUCUCAAAGAGGAGGAUGGGGACAGUUGUGUGGAGUGCUGGGCCAAUUCAGAAGACCACCUUAAAGGGAAAAACCGGAAGAAGAAGAGGAAAAGCAAGAAGUGUGAGGCUGAGCAUAUCCACAAACCGGGUGGCUGCCUUGUAGACUUGAGCAAUCGAGAGAACUCAGGGAAUCUGGUGCCCACAGAGUUCCACCGAGACAAGACCAAAGACCUGCAUUCUGAGCCUUGCUGCCGGGUGGAAAAGGUCGGGCAGCCAGUGCCUUGGCUGGAGCACAGGAAGGCGGCAGCGCUGUGCCUGGAACCUCCAGAAGCGGCCUCCGUUCCCGAUUCUGGAAAGGGUGCCAAGAGCUUGGUGGAGCUCCUUGAUGAAUCUGAAUGCACUUCAGACGAGGAAAGCUUCAUCUCUCAAGAUGAGAUCCAGUCCUUCAUGGCAAACAACAAGUCCUUCUACAGCAAUAGAGAACAAUACCGGCAGCAUCUGAAGGAGAAAUUCAACAAAUACUGCCGCUUGAACGAUCACAAGAGGCCAGCUUGUAGCAGCUGGCUGACAACAGCCGGCGCGAACUAAACCCAAUAAAAUUAGUUCUGUCUUUCAACGAAACUCUCCAGACGACUACUGCGCCUUUUCUCCUUUUUAUCCCCAAACACAUUUUCUUUAGUAACCUAACCAUCCUAUCCUUUGAAAUCAAUGUGGCUUUUCUUUUCUUUUUAUGUUUCUCCCCUCCCCCUUUUUAUUUCCUGCACAGGAGGCUGGAGGAGGCGAGACCUUUCAUUUCUGAUCGUCCUUUUUUUUCUUUUUCUUUUCGAGAUUGGAUUUCUUUUUUUUAGUUUUGACUAGAUUGGGGGAACGCCUAGAAUCUUUAUAAUUUGAAGCCAUCUCUCUUUCACUCUUAUUCAUUCGGUGUUUCUCUUAACUGUGACACUUAAUAACAGCAAGAAAUAAGCAACUUAUAGUGGCAAAAAGUAAUGUUGUAAUUCUGUACAGAAAUGACAAUGAGUGCGAUAUAAAGAUUUUUCAGAGUUAGACAUCCAUUUGCAAAAAUGUUCAGGAUGUAAUAUGUUGGAGCGCAAUGUGCAAAAAUUUAAAAAUAAAGAAUAUUUAUUAAUAUGCAUAGUAAAAACAAACAAA